AUGGCUGACGUCGCAAGACCAAGGGCGCUAGGAAGCAGGAAGAUCAAGGUCAGACCAGCAUUCCCUGUCUCCGGAAGAGAUCCGCCACCACGAACUGCUCGGGUUGGUCAGACUUUGCCUGGAUCCAUCGUCGUGCGAUUACGAACCACCAACGCGGACACAGAUGAAGCGGUUGCGGACUCGACUAAUCUGGUUGCUGUCGCCGCCCUGGUACCUGGUCCAAACACUCCAGCAUCUGUGGACACGAAUGCUCUCAAUGCGCUGCUCACUGGGCGUGUCUUCGAUUCCAUUCACCCGUUCAACGAUGAUGAAGCAGACGGAUCGAUUGCCUCCAUGGACAUGGCCGACCCCCAUGGCGUAGGCUACAUGCGCUUUCCCGAGCUCGUCAUUCGCCAGGCUGGUACCUAUCGGAUACGGAUCACGCUCAUCCGGAUUCGUAGCUCUGCUACCGACCCACCAGUCACGUCUGCAGGCAACGGCUUGGCAGUACAUGUUGUCGAUAGCAACCCAAUCGUGGUUAAUGGGGGUGGAUCCUCGUCAAACAUGGCUGCAUACAAUGGGGACGGCGAUGUUGACGAUGGUGGUUGGCUCGACGUUCUGCGUUCCAUUCAGGAUCGGCGCAUCUCGCGGUAG